UUUCCCGCUCGGUCACCUCCAUCCCCAAUUCGAAACCGCACAGCGCCAGCGGCGGCCGGACGAAGAGGUCGCUCCCUUUCCACCCAAACAAAUCAUGGCCGCGGAUCCGAGCGGGCGGCACCACCCGGCGGUGAACGACGUCUUCCUGACGCUCGUCGGCGCCAGCAACGCCCUCUCCGACGUCCAGCGCCGCCUCGACCUCGAGUUCCGCGCCUCCUACCCCGACCACGCGAACCCGGCGAAGCUGGUGGGGCGGGUGAAGCGGGUGCAGGAGGAGGUGGCCGCGCUCAAGGACCUCUGCCGCGACCUCCUCGCCCAGAAGCAGGAGCUGAUCGACCUGAUGCGGACGAGCCUGGCGGCGCAGCGGAGCGCCACGCAGCGGCUGCUCGCCUCCUCCGGGCUGCCCCUCAUGACCGAACACGACGAGGCCGCCUACGGCAACCUCAAGCAGGUGAUCGACGAGUGGACUGGCCAGCUGAGGCCAAUGGCAGGGGAUGCGGACGGGGAGGACCAAGACACCAACCAGAUCCUCUUCUCCGCCAUCGUCGACUGAGAUCUCCUCCAGCAACGAACAGUGUCUACCUUGGAAGUCUGUCCCUCCAUUUUGGGAGUGUUUUCAGCAGAGUGGAGUGAGCUUUCACAUUUUUGUGCGAUGAGCCUGUGAAGUGUGUUCGGGUGUCUCUGAGAAGAAGAUGCAGUGCAGUGUUGAUUUCUUGGUUUCGGAUGUUGCUCCUGCCUCUGCAUUUAGCUCCAGUGUUCUGUGACACAAAGUCUCUCCGAUGUACAUUUGUUCUCUUCUUCAGCAGAUCGCCACAUGACCCUCUACGUUAUGUGUGAUGAGUUUGUCGGUAAGCGGUGUGUAUUGUAAUGUGGACUGCAUCUGAUAAACUCUGGUUUUCUUAGUCUCUUUUAUGCUUUCUCAAAGGGCCUGAAGUAAAGAUAAUGGUGUCCUUUGGCGUGGUUCAGAA